UGUCACUUUCUGUUUGUUGUUUUCCCAGCUGAUUUUUGCAAGGAACGAUUUUCAUUUGCGAACAUUUAAAACCAUUAUUUCUAAUAACGAAAAGGCUAUUAUUACAAAUCGAUUGAAAUGGCGUUACGAAGAUCUGUUCUUACACUGAUAAGCACGAGAAAAACCUCUUUAAGGUUAAGUGCAAUCAAAAAUUUCAGCGCCCAAUCGGAGCCCCAAGAGGAAGAAAAACGAAAAACACAUUUUGGUUUUGAAAUCGUGAAUGAAGACGAGAAAACAAAAAAAGUACAUCAAGUGUUUGAAACAGUAGCAGACAAGUAUGAUCUGAUGAACGAUGUGAUGUCACUGGGUGUGCACAGAGUGUGGAAGGACAUCUUCAUGAUGAGACUGGCUCCUACCCCUGGAACAAAGUUAUUGGAUAUGGCAGGAGGAACAGGUGAUAUAACAUUCAGAUAUAUGAACUAUCUGAAGAACAAAGGUUCAUUGUCAGCAGACAAGCCGUGCAGCGUCACUGUGUGUGACAUCAACCAACACAUGCUGGACGUGGGCAAAGUCAGAGCUGAGAGGCAAGGUUACACCAAGGAUACAUCAGUUGACAUUGACUGGUUGUGUGCGGAUGCUGAAAACCUCCCACUCCCGGACGACUCAUAUAGCGCCUACACCAUUGCCUUUGGUAUCAGAAACUGCACGCAUAUCGAUAAGGUUCUAGAAGAAGCUUACCGCGUUCUGCAACCGGGUGGUCGAUUCCUGUGUCUGGAGUUCAGUCAGCUUCCCAACAGCACGAUGCAAUGGAUGUAUGACCAAUACUCCUUCCAAAUGAUCCCAGUGAUGGGUCAGCUCAUAGCCGGACAGUGGAAGCCUUAUAAGUAUUUAGUGGAGAGCAUACGACAAUUUCCUGAUCAGGAGAAAUUCAAAGCAAUGAUCGAAGAAGCUGGAUUCAGACAAGUGACAUACGAAAAUCUGACUUUUGGCGUUUGCGCAAUACACUCCGGAUUUAAGAUUUAGUUUUAUAAAUCCAAGCGACCUCCGAGAGGUUAAAGGUCGAAAACAGAAACUGCUAUACUUUUUUGAAACAACUGCCUCGAAGAACUACUUGUAUAAUAACUGAGGACGAAUUUUGACGUUUGACGACAAAACCUAUUUUGUAAGCAAAGUAUACCUACCUUAAGUGUGAAUCAUCCGCAGACCAAAUAAAAAAAGACAUGACCUGAACAUUUGCGAUUAGGUAUGGAUAGGUAUUACAGGGGUAAAAAACAUUUUAAAAACUUAAAAUAUAUUAGAAGACUAAAAUGAUUUUUACCCCUUCCCUAGGCGAACAUUGGUCAUUUGUUUACAUACAUUUUGGUCUGCUGAUAAGUUGCUCGCCCUUUAAUUUCAAUUUGGUUAAGAA